AUGUUACGUCUAGUUGUCCGUAAGCCACUCGUGCUACUGAUAGUUUUGAUUGCAUCGGUGGCUACCCUACCAGCGAAUCCGCGACCGGAACAGGAACGAGAAACGUAUCAUGGCUUAAUCCUGCCUAGAGCUUCCGACCCAAAGGUGGGGAAAUGUCUGGAGUCGUCUGAGCUGUUCUACGUAGAGACGCUGAUCGUUAUGAAGGACGACGCGAGUCACAUCAAUGCAACAAUGGAGAUUUCUAUUGCAAGCCCGAUCAAAAUAGAUUGCGUACGGAUAACGGCAAAAACAGAGCAUGAUCAAUUGGCAUUGCAGUGGAUGAAACUUUUGGAAACGAAUAAGAUCUUAAUAGGCGUCGCAGAAGAACCAUCUUCACAGUCAAAUGCUCUCGAGUACUCGGUGUUCGUGUACGCUGUGCUGGACAAACCGACAAGAAGCUGA